AUGAUCCGCAGACGUGGAGGACCUAAUGAGUCUCGGGCUGAACCAAAUAACAUCUCGAACGAUGACGAUGACCAGAGAACAAAACGAGGAAGAGAAUCGAUCGGUUUUCGUCACUGGAUCAUUUUCGUCUUAACCGUUGCAAUCGUCUAUGCUGGAGUCGUUGCAUUGCAUCGAAAGAUGCCUGCUGUCCGAGAUGCAUCUUCGUUUGAUGAGUUCAGUGAGCAAAGAGCCCGUGUCCUGCUCAAACAACUGACCGCUCUUGGCCCACGGCCCAGUGGAUCAGCAAAUUUGGAAGAAAAAGCCUUUGGCAUGAUUCAAGACCGUAUUGAAAAAGUUCGUUCGGUGGUAAAAGAUAUUGGAGUGAAUCGUUUCGAGUCGGAUGUGCAACGCCCAUCGGGAUGUUUUGAUUUGAAAUUCCUUAGCUCUUUCACUCUCUGUUACCACAAGAUCACUAAUAUCGUUGUUCGAGUGGGACCAAAGAAGGGACCAUCUGGAAAUUCGCUUCUUCUAAAUUGUCAUUUCGAUACAAUGCCAGAUACUCCGGGAGCCACUGACGACGCAGUUGCCUGCACCAUUCUUAUGGAUGUUCUCGAAGUUUUAUCUCAUUCCAAAACUGAACUUCAAAAUGAUGUGGUUUUCCUUUUCAACGGUGCGGAAGAGAACUUCCUUCAAGCAGCUCAUGGAUUCAUCAAUCAACAUCCUUGGAGACACGACAUCCGAGCAUUCAUCAACUUGGAAGGAACUGGAUCUGGAGGACGCGAAAUUCUCUUCCAAGCUGGACCAGGAAAUUCGUGGCUUCUACAGACCUACCUCGAAAAUGCACCACAUCCAUUCUGUUCUGUUCUGGCUCAAGAGAUUUUCCAAUCGGGAAUCAUUCCAUCAGAUACCGAUUUCAGAAUUUUCCGUGACUAUGGCCGAAUCUCGGGACUGGAUAUCGCUUACACCAAAAACGGAUGGUUCUAUCACACGGAGUUCGAUGAAGAAUGGCGCAUUGAAGCAGGAGCAAUCCAGAGAGCUGGAGAAAAUGUGCUUGCAGUUGUUCGAGCAAUUCUCGCUUCACCAUAUCUCGAGAAGCCAGCGACAUUCGACGAAGAGAACCGAUGGGUAUUCUACGAUGUCGUCGGCCUCUUCACAGUUUACUACUCUGUCAGCGUUGGAAAAAUGAUCAACUAUUUCGCAUGCUUCGCCACAUAUCUCCUCGUUUUCCUUCGAAUCAGAAAAGGAUUCUACUCGGUUGGAGAUCUUUCAGCUGCAUUCAAGCAUCACAUCGUUGCUCUCAUCGCGAUGAUCGUUACAAUGCUUGUGAUCAUUGCAUUCGUGGUUCAAUUUGAUCUUGUAAUGUGUUGGUACAAGAUGCCAGAAAUCGUCGGCGCACUUUACGUUCUUCCAAUGCUCAUUGCCGGAGCUAUCGUCCAUUCACAUUAUGCCGAUAACAACCGUAUCCGAAACGUCGAAAUGGUUCAAUAUGACACAAUCCUUCUCUCGUUCGCUUCUAUUCUCUUGCUGAUGACAGCCUACAACCUAUCCUCUGCCUUUUAUGUGCUCAACAACCUCAUUCUCCCCGUCUUCAAGGAUGUCAUAAUUUGGUCUUUGGGACUUUUCGGAGUUAUCAGACGUGUGACUCCACGGGUUCUAUUCUUCACACAACUCUUCUGCUUCCUUCCAACCUUCGUAUUCGCUGCGUAUGCUAUCAGUCAGUGUGUCGACUUCUUUGUUCCAGUUAUGGGAAGACUUGGGAAUGCUAUCAACCCAGAAUUCAUCAUGGGGCCAAUCGGAUUGGUGAUCGCUUCUAGUUUCAUUCUUUUCGUCAACAAUCUCUUCUACAUCUCCCGAAGAAUGAAUUACAUUAUCAGAGUGUUAUUCGCCAUUUUUGCUCUCUUCAUUCUGGUUUUGCUCACUACCAAAGUUGGAAACCCAUAUGAGUAUUCUGACGAGAAUCCACGCCUACGUCGUAUCAUCGCACUUCAUGCCAACCGUACCAUUUACGACUUCGAAGGAAGUCCAACCCAAAAAGAUAACGCCUUGUUUGUACACUCCCUCGACUAUCGUGGAGCAUCUGAUCUUCCGUCCCACUCCUUCUUGCAAGGAAGUUCAGCUCCAAAUUGCACCGGUGUCGUUGACGAAUACUGUCGUAUGCCUUAUUAUACUGCCAUACAUGAGUUGUUCCCACCUGAGCAAUCUCUCUGGGUCCCUGUUCCAUCUCCAGUAGUAAUUCCAUAUCCGAUCGAGUUGAAGCUGGUUUCUCGUCAGGUCCAGGGCAAUAACCUGAAUCUAACUUUUGAGAUUCGCGGUGGUUAUGACAAAAUGUCUCUACACGUUACCCCACUCAACGACUACGAUCUCCUCUCUUGGUCUUUCACUGACAUUGAUAUCGAGGAAUUCGGACGUAGACAAACGUAUUUUGUCUUUAUGACCUAUGGCCAUGAAGCUCCCGAAGUUCGUCGAUUCUGGAUUCUUUUGGAGCAUAGAAACGGAGCUGCGCCAGAUCCGGAAAAACAGGAAAAUCUUGAGUUGUCUGUAGCUACUCAUUAUGCCCACGGAAUUCAUCAGGAUACGGAAACCCUGCGACAAUUGAGAGCUAUGAUAUCAUCACGAAGACAGAUUCCAGAGCAAGCUGUUGGCUGGUGGAGAUGGGGAAUUACAAUGGUUGGCGGACGAUCUGAAAUUGUUGUUAAGCUUUUCUAG